AUGACUCCAGCACAACCCGUGUCCUUCCGGCAGCCAAACAUUUCAUUGGAGCGGCGAUCUGCUGUCCAUUUUGACGACGAGCGUGCUCCGGACGAAUUGCGCAAAGCAGCGGUUCCUGUCGACGUCAAGGUCCCAGCUGGCGUGAAGAUUUGUAACAACGGCAGCAACAGAUCAGCUAGCAGGUCUUCAUCUUCCAAAAAUGAAUUGGAAACACCUAAAGCAACUACUCGACCGGCACAUGCCUCGCUGGACGUCUGCGACACCGGAGAGUUAACUUGUGUUGACAAGAAAUGGGGUGACCUGUUCGAGAUUGACAACCAGCCGACAGAGCGCUUCCGAGAGGUCAUGCAUAGUCUCUCGCGCUAUAUUGACCUGGGCUGCACAUAUCAUCUGGUCCAAGCAAGCCCCGGCCUGCAGCCACGGGUCCCGGGUUUGACGCCAGACGGGUUUACUCGGUGGAUGGCACUGCACCUCCAAGCAUUCCCAGACGGCGUCUCGCAGCGCCUCGACCGGAUCAUUUCGGACUUCCCGCUCGAUGUCGUGAGUCCCCUGGACGGGCGAAUGGAGAGACUCCCAAAGCAGCUGUCGCGAUAUUUGCUUCCUCGGGUGCCGGUUGGCCGUGUACGGUCGCUUCUGCAGCAGGCCGUCAAACGGCACUUUGGUGAAUCUGCUCUGCUCGCCCCCCUCUUCCCGGAGGAGAAGGGCAGCCGGUCAACGGCCUACAAGGGCCAGACACACCUCACAUCGCCACCGCCUUCGACUCCGGCCAUCUUCCAGGCAUGCCAUCGCGAUGGUCGAGCGAGGGGCCAGUCACCAGCGCCAGUACAAGGAUAUGGCCACCGAGUGUCGGACCCAGGGGCGGUGUCGUUUAGUACUGAUGAGAAGGUAUUUCUUUCGACCCACCGCCGCCACGCCUCCUACCCUGGCUCCCAGUCAAGGUCGGGCAGAGGCAAUGAGCUGGUGCAAGACCACCGUGACCUCCAUGACGGCGAGCAUGAGCGGGAGGACCGGCGGCAGAGAAGUCCUAGCCGAUCUCGAUCGUCACGACCAUAUUCGCGACUAGGUUCACGUCAGAGUUCCCGUCACAAUUCCCCAGUGUCCUCAGAGAAAGAAGAGGACACUCGUCGUCCGCAUCGCUGGCAGCACCCGCUGAGAGUUGUGGACCAUCACCGGAGCGCAAGCCAAGACAAUUAUCGUCGCAGCUCGAGCCGGUCUAGGCAUAUGGGCGUCGCGAGCCACAGUAGUUCUUGCUUGGCCAGUGGGACCAAAAGCAGCGGGAAUGAUGGCCAGCGAAGCAAGUACCCGCCCUCGUCACUCUUGACGGUAACCAACGCGUCGUCUCGGCGGGCGCCGAGUCCCAAGAAGCAGAGUUUCCGCACCUCGUUGCCGGAGAUCCACUCCACCGACCAGAGGCGGCCUUCAACAGCGCGUGAGGGUUAUUUGGCCAGGAACGCCAUGGAGCACAGCGCGGAGAUCAACCGGCGCGCAUCCUGUUAUGGCCCGCCGUCAGCGGCGGUCCAAAAUGAAGCGCACCGCAUCAAGUCCCGAGAGUACGGGACCCGGAGGGAGCGCCCUGUGAGCAGCGGCGAAGAGCAAAACUACCGGUUGUAUGGAUCCCCGGUUUCGUCGAUGCCGAUUCUUCACCGAAAUUCUACAGCCAGCACUCGCGAGACGGCACCAAAAGUGCAACGUUCGUCUCAGGUGAAGACCGAAGCUGCAGCAGCACAUGCACCGGCAUCAUCGCCCCGAGUGCAUCCUACCCGAGCACCCGUGUCCUUGGUGGCGACAGUAACGUCAUUGGAAGAAGAGAGAGCAAGCCUCGUCGAAGACGACGGUACGGAAAGUGACCAGACCUGGGAAGACUAUCUACGAACCAGUCCACGUGUUGCGCCGGUGGCAUGA